AUGGUAUCAGCACUUGGAAGCCAGGACGGUCGAUCAUGUCCUCACCCCAACCACCUGCGUUGUAUACUCCUCACUGUGGAUGGUGACGACGCAGCAGGAGCAGCCACCGCACGGCCACAGUUUGCAUCUCCUGCUCCUAAGAACGCAAAAGUGGAAAGACCCGCCAGAAGGCGCCUUCGUAGAAAGGGCAAGAAGAAGCAGAAGAAAGAGGAGUAG